AACCUUACGCAAGCGUCUGACACAAAAGGCGGACCUGCCACUUAUGUGACGAUCACAACGUGGUUCUCUCUUACUUACAUUCUUCACCUUGGGUUGCCACUACUCACCUCCUUGCUGACUGCACAGGCAACGGAUGAAGGUCGCUCUGUCUCACCUCGAGCACGACCACGACAUCAAGUUGCAAUUCCGGAUCGAUGAUCUCGAGGAGUUCUUCGACCGCGGAGUGGCACAACCCUAUGUCACAGACACCUUCGGCCCAGGCUGGCGUAUCGAAUGCUGGCCUACGAAGUCCGACGGCGAGGAAUGCAUGUCAUGCUUUCUCGAUGUCGGACCAGCAGGAUAUCCUCGGCCUAUCCUGUGUUCAUUCGUUGGCGAGUCGAUAUCAAGUGGCCACCGGUACUUCGAACAUACCGCGACGUAUACGUUCAGCCCCGACAGGUUCUCUUCGAGGCAGUCGCGCAUCCGACCCACAUCCCUUUUGCGUACGCAGCAUUGGUAUCGCUUUCGUCGUCUGCGGCAAGAGAACGGGCUCGUCAUCACAGCCACUAUCCGCGCCCAGGCUACGGCCCUUGCUUUCUCCGAUGCCUGCGAAGGCUUUGGAGUGUUGCACGAUCUGAUAACUGGACGUGACCCUUGCGAUGUCAAAUUUGUCGCGUUUGCAAGCCGGAACACGGGUGGAGAACUCGUUCAACCGCGUGUACUAUCCUUCAACAAGAAGGCAUUAUGGGACAAAUGCCCUCGUUUGAAACGAUGGUCGCAGAACCCGAAUCUCGUUGAGAUCGCCCUUGCCCAGGUAUUCAGCGAUCAACUUCUGCGCUGUAUCAACGUGCCCUUGGGCGAUAUGACAAGCUUUCGACUCACGAACUCCGAUGGCGACAGUGACUUUGAGGAUGAGAACGAAUGCGAAGAGGCCGGUGUUCAACGCACCACAUGCCAGACGCCACCUGUCGUUGUCGGUCUUCCCGCCGCUACAUGGGAGGCCUUUCUGUUCUAUAUCUAUACUGGCGUCAUCAUUUUCGCGCCAUUGACAAGCAAUGGUACGGAGGCACGGAGGGAGUUCAUGUUGAACUACAAGGCCAACAACCCGCGUCGUCCCAAGCCAUGUUCUUGCAAGUCAAUAUACCGCAUUGCACUCAAGCUUGACAUGGCCGAUCUCAAAGACCUGGCACUCAAGGAAUUGAAGUCCCAGUUGUCGAAGGACAACAUCGUGAAGGAAAUCUUUACCCCCUUCACUUCUCAGUAUGAGGAAGUAAAAGAAAUGGAGCUACAGUUGCUGAAGCGACACUGGGAAGAGCUAAAGGGGUCAGCUCAGGUAACUGAGAUGCUGUCUAACAUUGUCAGCGGGAGAUACCCUCAUGCUACGUCUAUUAUGACGGAGAUCUGGCAGAGCGUUGGUGUGGUACCCACCUGAGGAGACGGAAACCUUGGAUCAAUCUCACAAAUUACGAACGGAAUCAUCUUGGGUUGUACUUCGCGUGCAACAGGCGCGGAACGCAAACUUUUCUACUAUGGCGAAGCAUCAUCAAGUAUAUGUUCAUUGGUCAUUACAUCCGUG